AUGGGCAGCCUCUCUGAGAAAAUGGGUCAUCUUCCUCUCCCCCUGCUGUUCUUCCUUCUAUGCUCCAGAUCUGAAGCUGAUGAGUCUGAGGGGGAGAUUAUCAGGAACACAGAAUGCAAGCCUCACUCCUGCUCCUACAUGGCCCACCUGGAAAUUGUCACUCCCCAGAAUAAAGUGGUGUACUGUGGUGGUUUCCUGAUAAGACGGAACUUUGUGCUGACGGCUGCUCACUGUGCAGGAAGGCGUAUAAUGGUUACCCUUGGAGCCCAUAACAUAACAAAGAAAGAAGACACAUGGCAGAAGCUUGAGGUCACAAAACAAUUCCCUCAUCCAAAAUUUGAUUACAGUCUUGCUCAUCAUUUGAAUGAGAAAGCCAACCUGACCCUGGCGGUGGGGACAUUCCCCCCUGUCCAGUUCAAUUUCGACCCACCUGGGAGAAUGUGCCGAGUGGCUGGCUGGGGAAUAAUAGAAGUGGAGAAAUCAGGCUCCAACACUCUGCAAGAGGUGAAGCUGAGACUCAUGGAUCCCCAGGCCUGCAGACACUUCAGAACUUUUGACCACAGUCUCCAGCUGUGCAUGGGCAAUCCCAAAAAGACAAAAUCUGCAUUUAAGGGAGACUCAGGUGGCCCUCUUCUGUGUUCUGGGGUGGCCGAGGGCAUUGUCUCCUAUGGACAAGAGAAGCUCCCUUUUGUCUUAACCUGGAUCUCCCAUUACCAGCCCUGGAUCAAUAAGGUCCUGAAGGAGAACUGA